CGCUGAGAUUCCACCCGGAGCGAAGUGCGUCUGGGUCAAGAAAAGGAGACUUUCUCACAACCGUGCUGGAGUUGCAUCAUCCGGCCUGUCAGCCCCUACCAGGGAGCAGUGGAAAGUUGUCCUCACCCUUUCCCCUCCUGCCCCAGGCCCUUGGGGCACCCCAGCCCUCGGUCACCAAGAGCCAGCGGCUUUUCUGCCGGAGCCGGGGCGCAGCCAUCCCAUCAGCCCCCGACGGGCCCCAGGCACCCAGACAAGACCUGGCUGGUUACUUGGAGGGGAAAGGGCCACCUGGGCAGCGUCCCCACUUAGUGCCUGCGGGGAUUUCCACAGCCACACUUGGAGGAGCUGCCUACAUCCCACUGCCUUUGCGCCGCGGGACCCAAGCCUGGUUUUGGUCCCCCGGGAGAAAGUGUCUCCUUUUCCACACACAGCCAGCGACUUACGACACCGUGCCAGGACAGGGAUUUAGCAUUGCAAUUUUCCCACAUCUGCCAUGUUGCUUUGGUGUAAGACUGAUUUUUCACGCUGCUGGUCUCCCUGUGCUGCCGGGACGUGAGCACACUCUGCAUUUUCCCCAGGGCAGCAGGGAUUCACUUUUCCCCACCAAACAUCUCUCACUGCCAGUCUCUCCCAGAGGGCUACAGAUGCCCGUCUCGGGGUGAAAGGUGAGUGGAACAGGGCACAGAGCGAGCAAUGCCCCUGAUUUUUGGGGUGGGAUUGGUGGAGGAGCUCCCAGGCUAGCAGGAAGCGUCAGGGAGCAGGAGCGCGGGGCGGUGGGAGGGACCGUGGGCUCUGUGCCCCAGAGAAAGGGCGCAUUGACGCCGUGACGGGUACUUGCGGUUCGCAGCGUGGCUGGGGGAUGACAGCGUGCACAGCGGCCGGCAUUGUGCUGCCGGUACCAGGCGAACGGGGCCGGGUGCUCCUCCAGCCUGUCUGGGUGGUCUGCUCUCCGGACCCCCCUGCUGUCUGGCAGGUUGGCGCCUACGGUCACAUACUUUUGCUGCAGGUGAUGCUGCAAAACCCACCCCACCAGCAUCCGUGGUUUCCAGCAAGUUGGUUUCAAGGUUGUAGUCUUGUUAGCCAGCUCAGCUGGUCCCCGCUUGUUCCUGGUCUCAAUCGAACCAGGACAAUGCAGCCUGAUGCACCUGCGGAUGCACAAUUUUACUCCCAUGGCCAGCACUGAUGUCUCUGAAAGUCCCAUCACAUUCACCAGGGACUCAGCAGCAGCAGCUGUCCUCUCUCCUGGGUCGGGAGAAAACACGUCUCUUUGGAGCCAACCGAGGAGAGGGAGAGCAAAGACCACGCUGUCCUGGCCACAAAGCCUGAGCUGGUCCCGUCACCAGCACUACUUGUCCUGGCCACAAAGCCUGAACUGGUCCCGUCACCGGCACUACUGUGCCCAACACCAGCCCCUAAAUCCCUUCUCGGCAGCGCUUUUUGGAACACGAGGAGCAAGGACAUCUCGUCUGGGUCACCACAGAGCUCACUGUGACUCCUUGUGGGGGAUAAUAAACAGUGGACCGAAGACAACCUCGUGCACAUGGCGUUCAAGAGCACAUGCAAUGAAAAACAAGUUGUUUCAAAUUACACUUGUUUGUACCAACACCCACUGCCCCUGGGCAUAAUCUCUGCCCUCACCCACGUCCUUCAGCCCUGGGGUGCCCAGUGAAGAGGAGAACAGACGGCCGGGUGGAAAGAUGAAGGGGCAGAGCCAGGAAAGGAAUGAGAGAAGGAGGAAGGAACAAGCUGGGCUCCCGCCUUAGCUUGAAGGACCAAACCCGUGGAGAAGCAAACCCCUGGCCAUGUCCCCAUGUCCCCUGAGGGCUGCCCAAGCAGGGGACAACACCUCUGUCCCUCCCACCCCCCGGGGACGCUGCAGGGGCUGCUGCAGGCGCCAGUGCCCUGUCCCUGCACAACCAGAGAGACUUUGCAUUCAUUCCCAACUUUCUCCUCCAACGGGCAGUUUCCAGGCUCCAAUUUGGCGAGGCUUGAGGCUAUUCUAGGCAACUUUAGAAACAUCCUAUGUGGUGACUUUUUUUUCUUCUCCUUUUUUAGCUUGAAUACACAUGUUUUUGAGCAAAAACUACCUGCCCAGACAGGCUCCCCAGCUGCGCCGUGGGGCAAGCCGCAGCAGCGCUGCGCCGGUGCCAUGCCUUGGAGAAGGGCCAGGGGCAGCAUGGAAAUUGCUGGGAGAUGAAAGGGAAGAGGGAAGCGUGGUGGCGCGUUUCCCGAGGCCAGCCUGAGGAGGAAGUUGGGAGCGGAAACAGUUGAUAGAGUAAAUACAGAGGGAGCUCGGGGUGGGGUGUUUUUCCCCCAGGUUGCAGACAAAGAGCAGUGAGGAGAGCAGAUAAGCCUGUGAGCCUUAUCUCUUUGUUGUUCCGCCCCUGUGUUUUGUUGGCCUGUGCUGCUGCUGUUAAUCUGAUGAAGCAAAGCAUCUCGGAGGGAAUUAAUCUGGAGGCAGCCGCAGGUCCCCACGGGCAGGGAUGCACGAGGGCAGGCUGGGAGCUGCAUGGACAGAGGGUCUCGGGCAGGGAGGGAGCUGGCGAUGAGGUGCUUCACCAGCAUUCCUCAUCCAGGAGCUCAGUCGUUGCCUGUUGAGUCACCGGAGGAAAAUGUGACUUCAUCCAGUCGCACCUCCAGCUGGCUCUGCCCGCCAGCCCGCCGGCGGCUUUCCUUUCCUGGAUCCCACUCAGUAGGUGUUGGGGCAGCUGGAGGCAGGGGAUGAGAACCGCAGGGCUUCGUGAAAGACCUUUCCUUUCCCAAAACUGAGCUGAGAACCCCGGCUCUGCUCUGCCGGGCAGGCAGUCCUGUGAAAUGCUCUGCGGAAGGGCCACAAGAGCAUCCUUCCCUUGCUGCUCUUGCCCUGGGGCUGUGCUGCUCUUCUCACCCCACUUAAAACACCGAUGGGAAUAUCCAUCUGGGACCAACUUGCUGCAGCAAACCCAAACCAUCCGGCAUGUCCGUUGCUGUCUGAGUCCUUCCCUCUUGCCGCAGCAGGGUUAAGUUCACUUGCUGGUAGUGGUGGGUAUCCAUCCAAGCAGCUUCGCGUGGGAACAUCACCCCCACCACGGCCCAAAAGAAAAAGCCCCUUUGCUGGCUUUGACUCAGCUGGGAAAUCCGCAGAGCCUUUUAUCAUCUCGACAGAGGGAAUUGUAGCCACCCCUGCUGAAAUGAAAAGCAUUUCCAGCCGGAGGGGUGGGACAAGGCAGGGAGCAGUUCCCCCAAGCCGUGUGUGCUGCCGUCCAGGGUGUCUCGGUUUAGCGCUCGUGGAAAUCAUUCCGCCUUCCUUUAGGAUGUGCAGAGUGAGAGGAGAGCACUGGCCAAGCCACUGCUUGCUGUCGCCAGAGGUGAUGUCCGUCCGUCUGUCUGCUCACACGGACAUCCCCUGGGCAGCAUCCCGGCAUCUCCCCUCGCACCUCCCGUCCUGGCGGGGAGCACGCGGGGCGCACAGAGCCCCUCUGUUCCCGCUCACAAAGGGACGCUUGUAGCUUGUUCGCUGCCCCGGCCCUCGUGGGCCCCAGCAGGGACGAGCUUCGGGAUGCCGAGCAGCCCCGGCCAGCCUUGCCGGGUCACCCCCUGUGUCCCCCAGCCUUGCUGGGUCACCCCCUGUGUUGCUCAGCCCUGCAAGGGCCCCCACGCCUGUCGCCACCACCCUGCAGGUCCCCAGGCAGGACAUUUGCAGCUGACUGUUUAUUUAACAAAUUGUGUCUGCCCCAGUCUGUGAAUCGGGGUGUUUUGCCAGCGCUGCUGGAAAUGGCUCUCUGUGUCAUCCCUGUGAAUAAUUCCUGAUCUGUGCAUCACUUGUGGUCUGAGGACAUUAAGAGGGGGGCAAAAACCCCAGGCAGGCUUUGCUCAGGGAUUUUGCCCGAGCAAACUAGGACAUGCCGUCCUUCCCGCACACAGCGAGGGGACGGUCCCCUGCACCAGGGAGGCACGGGCAGGGCGCAGAGCACUGCCGCUCCCGGGAUGCUCCAAACCCCCAACUCCUUUGCAGCAGCAAACCCAGCGCUGAGAGACGCGGCCACACGCCAAGGGCUUUGUAUAUUUUAUUUCUUCUCCCGGUUGCUCAAAUACUCCGACAAGUCCUGUCGUCACGGGGCACAGAGUGGGACCGAGGAGGGGGAAUUGGGGUGGUGAAAGUCACCUGCCCCAGCCACCGGCUUGUCCCCCAGGAGCAAGGUGCUGACAAACAGAACUAACGAGGCUGUCAAACACGCAGACAGGCGUGUGUGGGGGGACGGCAGUGCCGCUGGCUGCAGGGGGGGCUCUCCAGGGUCCCUGCAUCGCCCCCGAAGCAUCGGCUUCCUGGGUACGUGGGGGCGGGUGUCUCUUUUUUGCAGCUUUUGCUGAGAAGGAGACGGCUCAAAGCCAAAUCCCAGGAGCCGAGUGGUUUGUUCGAACUGGGAAACUCCAACACCAAAAAACGCACAUUUUGGCCCCAGCCGUUGAGGAGGUUGGAGCGUGACGCAAUGCCUGGCAGGGCUCCCCACUCCACACCCUGCCCAUGGCCCUCGGCUCCGCGGGGGCAUGUCCCCUCCGCCAAACGCCGGCGGCCCCCAAAAUACAGGGCUCUAUGGGUUCCACCCCCCUUCACGCGUGCAAGCCGGGGUCACACUGCCAGGAGCCAAACCCCAUCUAAAUAAACUUUCCCUGAGUCACGGAAAGUCUGGCCAAGAAAGCAGGACGAGCAAACAGCAUCACCCCCGCGGCCACGGGAACGGGCGCCAGGUCAUGACGCCAGCAAACCCCGCGCCUGGAAAGCUGCACACGCGACACACGCUGGGGACCCGCCAUGGGUCCCCAAACUGCACCUUCGGUCCCCAUAAUCUCAACCACGUCCUGAUUGGGAUGUGGGUUUAGUGCAACUUAGAGCGGUUCCUGCUGUCACCCCGAUUUCAUCAACACUGGGAGGAAGAAGAAGAAGAGGAAGGAUGUGGGGGAAACUUUUCUGCUGGGGGGAUGCUGAGCCUCCUGGCAGGUUUUGCAUCCUUUGCCGAGCAGCCACAUCAUCAUUUGGGGUUGUUUUCCUUUCAGAAAAGCCCUCAGAAACACUGGACGCCUCGAGGGGGGCUGGUGGCAGGAGCGGUGUUUUCUGGCCUGACGUUGUUCCUGGAAACCCCCGUGUUUCAUUUUCACGACUGAGCCGCCGCUGCUGUGCUGGGGGAAGGCGGAAACCGCGUGGCCCCGUGCUGGGGCCCUACGUCCCUCCCCAAAAGCAGCUCUUCCCAGGGGUUGGGAGCCACGAUGCCCCGUGGACAGGGAUGAGGAGCUGCUCUUGCUGCCGGCAGCAGGUUUUUGGCUGGGCAGAGGAUGCCGGGGGGUUAGCCCAGGACACCUCCCCGGCGGGCGGGAGGGAUGCCGGUGUACCCCACCAUGGAGAUCCGACGUGCUUUGCCCCAGGAUGCCCGGGAGCUGCUGCACUGCCUGAAGAUGAGGAGCAAGUACGCCAUCCUGCUGGUCUUUGUCAUCGGCCUCGUCAUCAUCGAGAAGGAGAACAACUUCAUCUCCAGGGUGUCGGACAAGCUGAAGCAGUCCCCGCAGGCGCUGGUGGAGGCCAAUGGCACAGAGACCAGCCCGGCGCCGGCCGAGAACGGGUCGCUGGCCUCGCUGAAAGAGCUGGAUGCUGCCUUCUCCCAGCUGAGGUCCCGCCUGCACAAUGUCACCCUGCAGCUGGCCGGUGAUGGAGACUCCGGGCCACGGCGGCACGUGCUGCUGAUGGCCACCACCCGCACUGGCUCCUCCUUCGUGGGGGAGUUCUUCAACCAGCAAGGCAGCAUCUUCUACCUCUUCGAGCCCCUCUGGCACAUCGAGAGGACAGUGACGUUCGAGCAAGGGGGAGCCAAUGCGGUGGGUUCAGCCUUGGUCUACCGGGACGUCCUCAAGCAGCUCCUCCUUUGUGACCUCUACAUCUUGGAGAGCUUCAUCUUGCCGGCUCCUGAGGGCCACCUGACGCCCUUCAUGUUCCGACGAGGCUCCAGCCUCUCGCUCUGCGAGGAGCCCGUCUGCACGCCCAGCGCCAAGAAGGUCUUUGAGAAAUACCACUGCAAGAACCGCCGCUGCGGCCCCCUCAACAUCACCCUGGCCGCUGAGGCAUGCCGGCGCAAGCAGCACGUGGCCCUGAAGACGGUGCGAAUCCGGCAGCUGGAGUUCCUGCAGCCUCUGGUGGAGGACCCUCGGCUGGACGUGCGCAUCAUCCAGCUGGUGCGGGACCCCCGCGCCGUCCUGGCCUCCCGCAUGGUGGCCUUUUCUGGCAAGUACGAGACCUGGAAGAAGUGGGCGUCCGAAGGAGAAGCUCCCCUGCGCGAGGAGGAGGUGCAGCGGCUGCGUGGGAACUGCGAGAGCAUCCGUCUGUCGGCCGAGCUGGGGCUGCGGCGGCCGGGCUGGCUGCGGGGUCGCUACAUGCUGGUGCGCUACGAGGACGUGGCGCGGGCACCCCUGCAGAAGGCAGAGGAGAUGUACCGCUUCGCCGGGCUGCCCCUCACCUCCCAGGUGGAGGAAUGGAUUGACAAAAACACGCAGGCACCUCGAGACGGAAGCGGCGUCUAUUCCACCCGCAAGAACUCCUCUGAGCAGUUCGAGAAGUGGCGGUUCAGCAUCCCCUUCAAGCUGGCGCAGGUGGUGCAGGAUGCCUGUGCCCCGGCCAUGCGGCUCUUUGGCUACAAGCUGGCCGGCAACCCCGCCGUGCUGGCCAACCGCUCCUUCAGCUUGCUGGAGGAGGCACAGCCCUCCUGGGUCACGUAACGGCGGGUGGAACGGCGGCAGGGGGGCAACAAGGGGCUGCAGCCGCGGUCCCAGCCAGCCCGGAGGAGACCCAGGGGUCCCUGCUUGUGGAGAUGCUCCUCACCACUGCUGCGUGGAAAUCAGCUGCCCCAGGAGCCGGAGCAUCCUGGCAGAGCCCGUUCUCCAGGAAUGGGGAAAUCGCAAGGGUGGGGCGGUGGGGAAGAGCCAGGGUUUGGGCACCAGGGCCACCUCCCCAGCUUGGGGCUGUGCCGAGGAAGAGGAGGGUGAGCAGAGGUGAGGGGGCAAAGCACCUCCACCUUGGCCCCCCAGCUGAGAGGAGGAAAGGACAAGACCCUCAAGGUGCCAGCAAGGACCUGGAUCCUGAAGCCUUACUGGUUUAGUGCCUUCAAUCACCAGCACAAACUGGGAGCUGCCUGGGGGGGCACCAGGGCAGGAGUCACCUGCAGAGCCCCUCCGACACCGGGGCUGCAGUUAAAUGAGGUGAUUUGGUGCGCUGAUGCUCUUCAAAGUUGGUUUGAGACGGGAUGUGGCUUGGUUUGGGGGGGUGUUGCGUUUUGGUCUUUUCCUGUGUGUUCACAUACCAGGGUCACCAGGUGAAUUUAUUUAUUUAUUACAUGAAAAAGAGAGGGAGAAGCGGGUCCAGGAGCCAAGCCCAAAAAAUCAGAGCAGCACAAUCUACCGCAAACAAAUCGACACCAGGGCCGGGGCGGCGGAGGUUGGAUGUCGGCCGGAGAUCACCAAAGUGCCCCCAGGAGAGCCCCUGGGGACCUGUGACCCCCCAGAUCCCCGCGGAAUGUGGCCGGUGCCAGGGCUGCACCCAGACUUGGUGCCUGCUGGGAGACGGUCAGACUUAUUUAAUUAAAACCAAAACACAAAGGCGCGGAGGCCAGAGCA